CAACAAACAAGAUGGCGGCCAUAACCCGAACUGCGUCUCCGAUGAACCUGUUAGAAGAGGACCUACUGGCCCCGGCCGGGUCCGUAGAACAAAAACACCGGGCGUUACAGAAGCAGCAAGAAGUCUCAGCCCCUUUCCUGAUUGGUUCGAUCCAGCAGGUGAAUGAGCGCAUCUCGCACCUGGAGCAGGAGUUCCAGUCGUACACACACCUGGUCAUCGAGAGUCGGCUAUCAGGGAGAGACGAUGAUGACUCACCUGACCCCCUCCUCAUGAGGUCCAGCUCCAAACUCAGGAGGAAAGUCAGGGAGAGAGAACGAGAGAAGCGGCAGCUGGAUGAGUUCUCCAGCGUGUACGCCAGCCGCUCCUCACAGAUGCUUCCCGAGGUCCGCUCACGGAGACGACCAGAGCCUGGCAUUCCCAAGGAACGGUCCGAGAAGUCAGACAAGUCCAUAGAAGGGAAGAAGGAGAGAGGAGAGCCCAGACUAGUGGAGCUUCAGCAGUAUCCUGGGUAUGACCCCAAUGACCUGACCCCAUUGCCAGGUGACAUCCCACCCGAGGUCAUUUUACAAAGAGUCACUGAUGCUGCCACAGACCUGAAUAACAAGGUCCCUCCCAAAGAUGCUGACAUCUGCUUGUACAAGGUGUUGCACAAGCCAAACUACAAGCCUGAGUUCUGUCGUCUGUUUUUCUCCCGGAUGUCUGACUCCAUCCUGUUGGACACUUUCUGGUGGUUCUUUCUGCACAGAUACAUGCCUGACAAGACAGUUCAGUCCAAGUUGUUCAACCGGAUUGCACACAACUACGUCAAACUCCUCAUGUACGCCGACCACCCACGGUACCGAGAGGUCUUUCUGGAGACCUACCCUGACCUGCUGGCCCAGUCUGUGUACAGUGCCUUCUGUGCCUGUUUCCCAACGUCUUGGCAGCAGUUUGGAGACGACUUUAAGGCAGAGCUGACAGACCUCACCUGGGAGUGGGUGGCAGGCAUCAAGCCCGUGCCCAGGUCCUACCUGCGCUGGAACUUGUAUGACCUUGAACCCCCGAACAUGAGGAAACAGGUCGUCAAGAAGGGCAAGAACAAGAAGUCAGCAUUAGAACUGGACCUUCCUGGUGACCAGCAGAGCGGCCACUCCUCCAGCAUGAGCCUGAGCCAGCAGCUGUCCAAGCUGUCCGUACGAGGCAGCCCACGGCGAGCGCGCAGCCUCAGUCCCGCCAAGCACCGCUCCCCGACCCACGGGGGGAGGCUGGCUGGGGCGACGUCCAUGUCUUCCCUGGCCAGCUCCAGCUCUCCCACCCUGAAACCUCCCCAGCUCAAGGCCAGCUCCAGAUCGUCUGUAUCAUCGUCUGUUGUUGAUGAGGAGGCAGGAGGCCAGCAGGACCGGACGCUGACCCCGAUUCGGGAGGACCCCACUGCCCCGGCCGCCAGUCUCACCGAGAUGGACCGACAGAUGCUGAACGCUCUCGCCCACGAGGACUUCGUCAGGAGGAAGAGACAGAAAGAGUCCCACCCUGCUGGUCGCGGUCCAGAUUUUGCGCACGCCGUGUUCAACAUCCACGGGAACAGCCCAUUGGUCGCCAGGUUCCUCCAGCAGCAGAACCUGGAGCAGCGCGCGGGGACGAACGUUCUGGUACGACGCACGCAGGUGACACGACUGCCCCCCAUGGAGGCACAGACGUACUCUGACGUGGUGAAGGAUGGAUAUAAAAGUGUGAGACAGCUGGAGCAAGGCUACAGCAGACUUGUUGAGGAGAGCAACAAGGAGCACUCCAAGUUCCUGAGGAUGCAGAGAAGAUGGCUGGACCAGCAGCAAAGGAAGCAGGCGAGUCUGUUGUCCAAUCGGAAGGAAGUGCGGAGACUGUGUGACCUACUCAUGCUGGAGCAUCACAAAGACGUUGAUGAGGUCACCUCAGUGGGAGCUGCGCAGGCUAUUGAGGACUCACUCAUGAGUCAGCCUUGCUGAAGGCCUGAAUUUCCAGGCUAUAGAGGGCUUCUUGAGCCUUGCUGAAUGUCAGCAGUUCCAGAUUACUAAUCACUCAUGAGUCAGCUUUCCUAAAGCUAGGCCUGCAGUUCCAGGCUAUUGACGACUCAUUGAAUCCUGCUGUCUUCCAAAACUCCAAUUUUUUUUUACAAUGUAACUUAUUGAGAUAUUUCACUUUACCAUGAACACACAUUGUAAAGCAGUUAACAGAUUGUAAUAUAGAAUACAGGCUUCAAAACCUAUGUUUACAAAUUUCCAUGUGAUAUCUAUGUAACAGUAUCAGAUGUUGGAUUUUGUCUUUUGCAGCAUUAUCAAGAUGUAUAAGUUUAAAACCUAUACCAGAAAACUGUGUAAAUAUCA